AUGGAAUCUGUUUGUGGAUGCGAUACUGGAUUUUUACGUGUGUGUUUGAUUUGUCAACGAAAUGAUCUUAUUGCCAUUGAGAUGGCAAAAAUGUUGCACAUCAGAAUCAAGUCAAAUAUGUUAUCUCGCUGUAGAGUAAAAUAUCAAAUAUCGAUCAAUAUGGUCUACCAUACUGACAAGAGGAGAACUCUCUUCGUUCAUUUAUUCAUUGUUUAUGUUCCAAUCUCGUUACAAGUGGUGAAGAAAGUACUUACAAAGUUCUUUUUCCCCUUUUUCUUAAAAGUUUAUCGAGCAAAUAAUCUUAGUAAGUUUAAAUUGCACAAGAAAGAAAUUUCAUGGAGAAAUCAAAAUGAUGAUGGUUAUUUGUUGUUUGCUGAUCUAAUUCAAUUUGAACCAGAAAUAGUGUAG